GGUUCAGCGUCUGAUUUAUGGUAGUGUCGCGCUUCGGUUUACUAUCUCAUCUGAAGAGAAGUUUAUUUUAUAUUUCCCUUAUUAUAAAAGCAUCCGGAGUUUAAUAUGAAUUUACUUGCUACAUAGCCGAAAACAAUAAUUUCAUAUACGACAUUUGCCAUCGAAUAACGUCAAUUUUCAACCCGAAAUUUCCAAAUAAUUGAUCCCGCCAAUCGAAUUAUUUUUGUUGAAUUGACGUGAGCUGUCAGUUCUGAACAUCUUUUUUUUGAACAUCCUUUGCUCGGUGAAUGCGAAAUAUUUCUUUUAUCUCACAAGUCCAACCAUGUCAAAGUAUGAGUACAAUCUAGAGUCGAGCGGAAGUUUAAUGAAUGCAAUUCAAGAACUAAUAAGACCACCCGACGAAGUGAAUCUCAAAGCAAAUGCCAAGAAGUCACAUCCGUAUUGCAAACGGCCUGGUCGUGGUCAUAACCGUGACAGUUGUGAUGCCUGCGAAGAAGGUGGCGAAUUAAUUUGUUGCGAUCGAUGUCCGUCGUCUUUUCAUCUGACUUGCCAUGAUCCACCAUUGCGUGAAGAGGACAUUCCUAGCGGUACAUGGCUCUGUCUAAAUUGUCGCAUGACUAAAAAAGCUGAUACGAAUGUCGCGACGUUGGAACCCGAAGCAUCCAAUGUUGAUCGCACGAAAUCUCCGGUCGUUGAUGAGGAGACGGCCGACGAUGCGUCAAGUGAAACGCGAAAGUUGAGGAAAAGGAGCAAUUCGCAUUUGUCUGGCGUUAGCGGAACGAGUGAGAAAAGUGUUAAGCAACCGCAAUCCGUACCGCCACCACCAUUAAUAGUUGAAACGAACGAUGUGGAAAAGACAAAGUCACCGUUCGAUGAACUGAUCAAGGCAGCAGCCAUCCUGAAUCCUCGUCAAUUCGAGUUGCCGCGGAAUAUGAGCAUUUUCGUUCAAUUUCCGGGCGGCGAUAAGAUUGAACCAACCAAAAAUGGGUCAAAGAAGAUCAAAACAGUGUCGAAGAAUAAGCCACACGAAUUAGAUGCACAGGGAAUGGUGCCGUUGCCGGCCAAAACAUGUUUCUAUUGCAGAAAAUCAUGCAAAAAGGCUCCGCUGGUAGCGUGCGACUAUUGUCCGUUAUAUUUUCAUCAGGAUUGUCUCGAUCCACCACUAACCGCACUGCCGACUGGAUUAUGGAUGUGUCCCAAUCAUCCUGAACAAUUUAUCGAUUGGAAGCUCGUAUCGUCCGUAUCAGCGACGGAACGCAUCAAACUGUGGAAUCGCUUCAGCGGUCCACUGGAUCACGAAACAGUUAAAGCCGAAUUCCUUCGUAAGAGUCACUGCAAAAAUCCUCCGUUUCGUUACAAAAUCAAAUCGGCACCGAAGGAACGUAUUCAGGUGCCGGCCAUCGUUGAAUAUCACUACAAAAAUCGACCGACACUGCUGCCGUCGCUGCGUCAGGUAAAACGGUGCGAAAAUGUUUACCGGAACGGAAUCUGCCACGAAAUGGUACCUGAGGAUUUGAGCCGCAUGAUCGACGAGGAUUUGAAGGCGAUCAGAGAUGCUAACUGCAAAGUUGAUAAAUUCAACGAAAAGUAUCGCGAAGAUGAUGAUAUGGAUAUCGAUACGGAGCUGACGGUGAAAGCGGAAGAACCCAAAGACACGGAACAGGAGCUCAAACAUUCAGAAUUUCUGAAUCAAGUCAACGAAGAACUGAAAAAUUUAGACGAAACGCUCAUCAAACAGUUGGCUUAUCGACAGUUACAAGAGAUUCUCUACGAAAACCAGGAUCUGGUGCGACAGUACCAGGAGGAGAGCACGAAUAAGGCUAUAUUGAAGGCACUGCUUAAAAAACCGGUUCGCAGUGUACCGUUACCUAGUCAAUUGUUGACAAAAGAAGACAUUGAACGAAUAUCGCGCGAGUUUACUAGUCCUAACAAAGACGGUAGAAUCGAUCGAUCGCCCAGUCCGAUCAAUGUUGAUGGAUACGAGGCCAAGAGAAUUAAGUUGGAGGAUGGUAUGAUGAGCAAUGGUUUCGAUGAUUAUCGUUCAAAUGAGCAGAAAGCCAUGGAUGUGGCAAAUCUGUUACAGGAACCGAUGCGUGAUUCGAAAGUUCGAGCUAGAGCUAUUCUGACGCCAGUUGGGGAUGUGUUGAAUGGCAAACGAUGGUUCACGAAAUAUUCAUCGGAAAAUACGGUCUACAUGCGGUAUCGCAGUCUAACUAUUGGCACAUCACCCGGCAGCCAAGUGCAGUUACGGAAAGUCAGUCAAUGUCCAUACGUGUCAAACAAACACGCGACCAUUUUCUAUGACGACGUGACACAAACAUACGAAUUGCUCAAUUACUCGGAAUUCGGCACCGAAGUGAAUGGUCAGUGGUACACCUGCGAUUUUACCGAACACACAGCGUUAUCACCACCACCACUUCGGGCCGAUCAAAGCAAAGAUCAGAAAUCGUUGUACGAAUCGGUGCGUUCGAUAAUCGACAAGCGACGGAAUGUCGUUCGACUGGAGAAGGUGAAAAAUGGCGAAUUGCCGAGAAUAGCGCUGCCAGCUCACCCAAAAUGUGGAUGCAACACUAAGGCGCCAAUGAUAAACGGUUGGGAAGGUACGGCAGUUUUAACACAUGGUUCGCUGAUACGAUUCGGUUGCGUUUCGUAUGUGUUUUCCAUUGUUCUGGCGAAUGAUGGAGACGAUGAAUUCUAAAUGGUGGAAUAGAUGAGAAGAUUUACACUAUGUUCAUUGUACAACUGAAACACAUGAGUACUAUUAUAGGUUUUAAUAAAACAAAGUUUAUUACA